AUGUCUUUCUUCGGCUUUGAUACAACCCUCCCCAGGGACCGUGACCGUGGUCCCGAGGCCACGAGGGGUUUCUUCGAGAAUCCGGAUCCCUUCGCGCAAGUCGCACAGGCUACGGCUCUCGAGGACGACGAUGCGAUUGACUUCGAGGAUACCUACGAUGGCUUGGGAGACCAGCUUGACGAUGAUCAAGAUGAGUUCAACGACGACACCUUUGGUGGUGGGCCGAAUAUCAAGCCUGUCGGCAAGGACUUCGACUUCUUUGGAAGAACCGCCCAGGUCGCCGAUGCAAUUGGCGAGGAGCAGGUUCGCUACAGCCUUCAACACCCUCAGGCCGCUCGGGAGCCCCUUCAGCCCAAUGUCCAGACCCCUGCUCAGCCGGCCACCAUUUCCACGGCCGCUACCUCCAAGCGCACCGGCUACGAGAAGUAUGAGGACCCUGGGUACAUUCCUGAUUUGCAGGCAAAGUCCAGUGUGUGGGGUAUUUCGCAGAAGAAACCCACCGAGCCCGCCGCGAGCCGGAAAAUGAUGAGUCUAGAGGAGGUGGAGGCCCAGAUGCGGCAGCAUGGGCAGAGUGCGCCGAAUGUGCCGGCGCAACGUCUUCCCCAACCUCUUGCCGACCCGUCAUACCCCAUCCACCCCCAGCAUCUUCCGACGCUCCCCGAUGGCUUCCCCCCGAUCCCUCCGGAAUUCUUGCAGGCGCAGCUGGAAAAUGGUGCAUUGCCGCCGCAGAUGCCGCCCCCGCCGCCAGGUGUCCCGGAACUUUACGGUGGUCCUGGACAGCUUCCUCCUGGUGUGCCCCUGCACCAUCUCCAAAAUGCCAAUUUCCCUCCGCAGAAUAUGCCGCCCACCGGCUCGCGCCAUGUCGGUCCACAACCAGCCCAGCGGCAGCAACAAGUCCCGCCACCAGCCACUCGGGGUGCUCAAAGUGGCAUGCCAGUGAUUACCACUCCGCAGCAGCUUAUGCAUCUGACGGAAGAGCAACGCAAUGCCUAUCUGAUUGAGGAUGCCAAGCGGGCGAAACGCAACCAUAAGAUCUUCCUCCUGUCAAGGGGCAAUGGCUUGAUGACUCCGCAGGACAAGAAUUUUAUCACGCGCAUUCAGCUGCAACAGCUGGUGGCGGCGGCUGGGAAUGUGGCUGAUUCCGAUCCCGAGGCUGUGCUGGCGGAAGACUUUUACUACCAGGUUUACAGCCAGAUCCGGGGUGCGCCUCGCCAGCACCCGCAUCAACCUCUUGGUCAUUUCGCCCAAACUUACCUCCUCCAAACGGGUAACCGACUUGGCGGACAUGGAUCGCGGCGGGCUUUCCACAGCGCCGACAACCACAUGCAGCGAAUGCAGCAGCAGGUCCAGCGUGCCGUCGAGGCUGCAAAGGCCAAGCCAAAGAACAAGCAGCUUAUUAUCGAGGGCAGUUUGGGCAAGAUUUCGUUCAGCAACGCCAAGGCGCCAAAGCCGAUGCUCAACAUCAAGCGGCCUGAUAGUGCCGAUGGGGCCAAACCGAAGAAACUGCAGUCAGACCUCAGUCUCAGUGACCGCAAAUCCAUUCUUACUAACCUCGAGAGUGUGUACAAUGCCCUGAUGUCCAUGGAGGACAUGGAGCGAACGAUGCCCCCGCCACCGGAGGAAGGGGAUGCGGAGGCGAUCCAGGAGCACAUGGAAUGGCGUCAAAAGGUCCAUUCGCUGAACCAGCAGCUCUGGCGAGCGCUGAAGGUGAUGGAGCCCAUCGUGCCGAGCUCGACGACGCCCCACCCUUUCAUCGCAUUGCUGUCCUACCCGAAAGGUAAAAAGGCCAUCCCCCGCAUCUUCCGCCACAUCGACCAGGAGCAGCGUGUCACCAUCCUCACUAUGAUUGUUGUGCACUUGGAUAGUUUGGAUGUCGUGCGUCUUGCGCAGCCCGUGCCCGGUGAGGCGCAGCCUUCUCUUGCCGUGCGGGAAGCCAUUGACUUGUUCUCGUUGGCCAUCAUGCCGAGCUUGUUGGGUUAUGUGAACGAGGCGCCCUUCAACAUUAUCAUUGGCCUUCUGGGUCUGGUGAUUGCCCAAACCCACGUACAGACCGUCGCCCGUACCAAGGUUGGGCUGGGCAUUUUGACGAUGUUGCUCAGCCGUGCCGAAAUCGUGAAGGAGGCCGGCCAGGCAUCGGAGCGCGACUGGCAGCAGUGGGUGGAGAAGUUCAACGUUCUUUUCGACACUCUGGAGCCCGCCUUGAACGAUAUAUUUCCCGGCUCCAUCAACUCGGGCGACGAUAUGUAUGUGUGGCAGUUCCUCGCCGCGGUGGGGAUUGGUGCUAGUCCCGAGCAGCAGCAGCGCUUGGUGAUCGCUGUCAAGGACCGUGUUAUGGAAACCGUGACCUACAGCAAAACACUCCCUGCCGACAUGGCCAGUCAGCGGUUGGGUAACGUAAACCUCUUCAUGCGGGCCAUUGGCCUGGAUGUGGAGCUCCUGGGUUAA